UUUUGUAUGUUGGUGUGUGAGGAAGCAAAAGAUAUCAUUGCAGAAAAUAAUAAAUUCAAAUCCUCACUUUCAUUGGUUCCAGCUCAACUGUCUUGGAGCUGAUCCAAACCCCAUCUUUGGAACAUCAUCAUAAUCCAAUUCCAAUUAUCAAUUCUGAUUCCUUCUUCUUUUCAAAAUGGAACAAGACAACCUUAACAACAAUUGUGAUGAGGAAAACUUUGUGUCUGACUCGAGAGGAAGAAAAAGAAGCAUUGCUGAGAGAAGGGGUUUCAAUUCCAAUGCUGCAAGAAUCAACACAGCACUGUUUCGCACUGCAACAACUUCAACAACAACCCCUUCACCGUCCCCUGCUGCUCGAUCACCUCGUCUCACCAUUCCCCCCGGAAUUAGUCCCACUGCCUUGCUUGACUCUCCCAUCAUGCUUCCAAAUUCUCAGGCCAUAUCUCCCACCGUUGGCUCUUUCUUCACGCUGCCACUUCUCAGCCAUGAAGGAUCAAUGCUCACAACUGAACAAGGGAAUGUGGAUGUGUCAACCGCAUUUGAUGUCGCCGCCUCUUUCAAAUUCAAGCCUCGUGGACAUUUGGAUCCUAAUCCUUUGCCUCCUUUCACUGCUUCUCUAAAUCAGGUUUCUAGUCAUUUCCACUCAGUAAAGGGAGAAAAUAGAGAGAGCCACCUACUUGCUCAAGUUCAGCCACCAUUAGAUUUUUCAUGCCAAGCAGAUUUUUCAAAAGGCCAUUCUGUGAAAAAUAGUGAAGUGAAUUCGUACAAUGAUAUGAAAAUGGUAAAUGAUGCGAUUGUUAAUGCCAAUAAUGUUGAGAUGCCAAUGUCUGGCUCUGAGGAAGUAAGUGAUGAAAGCGCUAUGCUGAAAAAUGCUAUCAAUGGUGAGGAUUUCGGAGGGCAACCUGCUUCAGAAGGAGAACAGAAAGAGGUAUCCCAUGCAACGGGAGCAGUAAGGACUUCAGAGGAUGGCUAUAAUUGGAGGAAAUAUGGACAAAAACAGGUUAAAGGUAGUGAGUAUCCCAGAAGCUAUUAUAAAUGCACACAGCCUAAUUGUCAGGUCAAGAAAAAGGUGGAACGAUCCCAUGACGGUCAAAUAACGGAAAUUAUUUACAAGGGUGCUCAUAACCAUGCACAACCACACCCCGGACAUCGAGCAUCUUCACUUUCUACUGAUGAGGUUUCAGACAUGGCUGAAGACAGUACCUUAGCUAAAAUUGAAGGUGGGUAUGUCUGGAGAAAUAUUCAAACAGGAUUAAAAGAUACAAAACAAAGUUUUGAUUGGAAGGCUGAUGGACAGGAAAGGACAUCAUCAACUUCUGCUGUGACUGAGCUUUCAGAUCCUAUAUCAACUAACAAAGCUAAAUCUCUACGUAUAUUUGAAUUGGAGGACACUCCAGAGCUUUCUUCUACACUUGCCAGUCAUGAUGAUGAUGAAGAUGGGACCGCUCAUGCACUUGUGUCGGCUGAAGACGAAGCUGAGAAUGAUGAAUUGGAACCGAAAAUAAGGAAGAAAGAGAGCUAUGCAGUUGAACCAAAUUUGCCCCCUACUAGGGCUGUUCGAGAGCCAAGAGUGGUUGUCCAAAUUGAGAGUGAUGUGGACAUACUUGAUGAUGGUUACCGCUGGCGUAAGUAUGGACAAAAGGUUGUCAAAGGAAAUCCAAAUCCUAGGAGCUACUACAAAUGUACAAGUACUGGAUGUAUGGUAAGGAAACAUGUGGAAAGGGCUUCACACAAUCUGAAAUAUGUCCUUACUACUUAUGAGGGAAAGCAUAACCAUGAAGUGCCCACUGCUAGAACCAACAAUCAGGUAAACUCAAGUGAUGGUGGUUUACCUCCCAAUGGUGCUAAUGGACAAGUUUCUCUUACAUUACCAGGGAGUGCUGGCAUUCCAAAGCCCGAAACUCAUCAAACUCUUGGACAUCAUUUUGAUAGAAAACCGGAAUUCAGCGACGAGUUUCUCAGGCCUAGUUUGGUUGGAAGUUUCGGGAAUGAUAUGAAGUUUCGGCCUUCUUCCCUUUGCCAAAUGAAGUAUCCUUCCUUGAAUAACGCCAUGCCAUAUGGCUCCUAUGGACUGAACCCUGAACGUUGCACUGCCCCUCAAGCUGGAUCCAUUCCCUCCAUGUUCCCUGAUUUUCCAAUGCCACUUCCAUUGAAUCUUCCCUCAUCUGGAAAUUUUUCAAUUGCUGGACUGAAUUUUAACCGUGUCAAGCCAAUGAAUCCGGACCAGUCUUUCCUUUCUGGGCAGCAGGUGAAGGACAUUGAUACAGGGUUCCUGAGGCCUAAACAAGAACAGAAGGAUGAUACUAUGUACGGCUCGUGCAUGCCCCCGCUAGAUCAUGCAAAUGCUUCACUCACUUCUUCACCAUCACCAUCCAUUUAUCAACGCGUCAUGCACAAUUUCCCUUCAUAAUCUCCUUUUAAUAGCUAUUAGCAACAGCAGAUUCUGAUAUUUUUUGUUUAGUAUUCAAAGGUUUUUCGUUCUAUUAUAUUAUUGUUUCAGUUUUUUUUUUCUUUUAAUUUGUCAAACAAACUAUGAUGUCUUCAUACAAAUUGCAUACCAAUAUCUGUAACUAGUUCUUGGUAAGUAAAUUUCCUUUGUUCUA